AUGCAGGCCGUUACCAGUCUCUUCACUGGCUCAUCCGGCCCACAGUACCUUACUGGCAACAAGGCGGACAUUGAUGCCUUUAUAGACAAGUUCGACGUCUUCCUCUUUGAUUGCGAUGGCGUACUCUGGUCAGGCGAUCACCUCUUCCCCAAUGUCCCCGAAACAAUCCAAAUGCUGCGCGACAAGGGUAAACAACUCGUCUUUGUCACCAACAACAGCACCAAGAGUCGGGCAGACUACAAGAAGAAGUUUGACAGCAUGGGCAUCUCCGCCAACGAAGAGGAGGUGUUUGGGUCGAGCUACAGCGCCGCAGUAUAUAUUUCGCGGAUCCUUAAGCUCGAGCCGCCGAAGAAUAAAGUCUUUGUCUUGGGUGAGAGCGGCGUGGAGCAGGAGUUGGAGAGCGAGAAAGUUCCGUAUUGCGGUGGCACGGAUCCGUUGUUGAGGAGGGAGAUGAUGCCGGAGGACUACAAGCACGUUGCGGACGGAUCGUUACUGGACGACGAUGUUGCGAUCGUAUUGACAGGACUCGAUUACCAUCCCAGCUACCUCAAGUAUGCGCUCGGGAUGGCCUAUCUCCGCCGAGGCGCCAAGUUCCUCGCUACCAACAUCGACUCCACGCUGCCUUCGGCCGGCACGCUGUUUCCGGGUGCUGGAGCGAUCAGUGCGCCGCUGCUUCGAGCUUCCGCUCAGGAACCACUGGCGCUGGGAAAGCCGAGCCAGGCGAUGAUGGAUGCGAUUGAGGGCAAGUUCCAGUUCGAUCGGAAGCAGGCGUGCAUGAUUGGUGAUCGGCUGAAUACUGACAUUCAGUUCGGUAUUGAGGGUGGAUUGGGUGGGACACUGUGUGUGCUUACUGGUGUUAGCAAGAAGGAAGAGUUCUUAGCCAAGGGUGCAAAGGUGGUGCCGAGUGCGUAUGUGGAUGCGCUAGGAGAUCUGUUGGGCUAG